CCCGGAAGUGGAGCCCAGCACUUCCGGCCCGUUGUCAGCGACGCCGGCCGGUCUCCGUGGCGCCCAAGUGAGAAGGGAGCGGGCGCGGCCUAGUGGCACUUGAAAAUGGAGUGGGGAGGUGAAUACUCGCUUGAUUCUUCUAAUUUGGAUUGUUUGUUGAACAUACUUCCUGGAGAACUGGAAUUUCAACAGAUCCUUGGUGAUAUUGAUGAGAAAAUCAAGAAAAAUACUUCUAGCAUUGAACAGUGUCUUAAAGAGCUUCAACAAGAAAUAAAUGAAACUUGUUCUGAUGAGUUGUUACAGGACACAUCUGACUGCCUUGAGUGGUUAAAUAAUUGCAGUUUCAGCUCAAUCAAGCCUUUGUCAACACCUCGUGGAGAAUUGAUCAGAUUUCUCCAAACUCUGCAAAACUUGUUGAAAAAUGAACAAAACCAAGAAGAAAUUAUUCUUCACUUUCUCCUUGAUCUCUCCAGCCAAUGUGGUGUUUUAUUUCCUUGUACUCCAAGUGGAGCAUCUUUUGAGUUUACAUCCAGAACUUCGCUUCAUGGUGUUGAAGAUGAUUCAACGGUGGAUGUUCAAUGUAUUUGGAAUGAUGUGCGAUUACAUCUUCGACGAUUUUUAGUAAGCCAGCUCCAAAACCAUCAGGAAACGAGCAAUGGUGCUUUACAACAACGGCUGCAGCUUAAAAUCCAGUGUCUACAACAGCUUUUAUUUCUUUAUCCUGAAUCAGAAGUACUAGACAAAUACCAGAAAAUGCAGAAUAAAUUGGUUAGUGAUCUUUUGCAGAAAUGUGUUCUAGAAAGCAGUGGUGAAACAAACUUUGAAAAAAUGGUUCAUGGUUAUGAAAGCUCAAUUCCUGUCCUGUGUGCAAUGAUAAAAGAAGACCUGUGUAUACUAAAUGGAAUUAUUGAACCAUCUUCAACAGUGAAAUUUAUUAAUGAAACUUAUUUGGACACCAUCACUGAAGAAAUGACCAUUCUUCUUGAAACACUGUGUGAGCUCCAGUUUAAAGAAAAUGCAUUGCAUGGUGCUAAGUCAAACAAGAGCUCAAAGAAGCACAGAGGAACAGCUCAUGUUGGGGUUGCUCAGGAAUAUUCCAGAAAGGGGAGAAACUUCUGUUUAACGCUACAUCAACUCAGAUGUCUUUCCCAGCUUAUAAACCUGUUUUUGUUGAUGGAAGAAAAAGUUGAAGAACUGUCUUCAGAAAUGUUGUUAUUACCAUGUUUUUCUGAGAGCAAAAAUGUUCAAGGAGUUCUGAAGAAAGCUGGUGGGGAGCUUUUAAUAGGGGAAAGUAGAGUGAAUGAAACCAGUGCCCUUUCAGAACAGUUACUUCAAGUAAAAAAGACCACUAUGCUAGAAUUUGGCUGGAGAAAUGCAUUUAACAGCUUGUCUUCCUCAGUCGCACACUGCAUAACAAUUGCAGUUGAAGAUUUUUCUAGUAAAAUUCUUCAGCAGGAGCAGAAUGAACAGGCAUCAGUUAGCUGCUAUGCAAUAUUUCGUGUAAAUGUGAAGCACAUGAAGGAAUCCUGGGGUAUAAUCCAUGAGGAUGAGCGACCAAAGCAGAUUUCAAAGUUUUGUUCUGAUAUCAUGGAAGAACUAGACACGUUACUUCCGUUGGCCUUGGCCUGCAAAGAUGAGUCUCUCCAGGAAAUCAGAGCAGACUUUGUGGAAUCCUGCUGCAAAGUGGCAACAGCUGUCCUGACCAGGCUUGAAGAGAGGAGCAAAGAUAUCCCUUCCAGGGCUCCACUGCAAAAUCUGUACACCAUUCUUUCCACAGCAGUCCAUGUCUACCAGCAUUUUAAGAUGUAUGAUAGUUUAAUGAAAGAGAUCAGUAGGAAGCCCUUGUUUCUAGUACCUCUUCAGCAAUAUGAUGAACUGAUCAACCUUCUUCAGUUUCAAGUUACAAACUACUGCAUCAGAGUUUGUUCUACAAGCAUUUUACAGGAUGCUGAAAGUCACUACUGGGAUGACAACAAAGCUUUUUACGAGGGGGAACGAUGCUCAUUCUCUGUCCAGAUGUGGCAUUAUUUCUGCUGUGCUCUUCAUCAUGAUCUAUGGACUGUUCUACCCCCUGCGUUGGCCCAGGAGAUUCUAAAAGAAGUGCUGGAAAAAUCUUUGGCACUCUUGGCCUGCAGAUAUUUUCAAGCUCAACCCAGUUAUAAGAGAACACCACAGAUAAGAAUAGAUGUUACAGCAAUUUUGAUGACCUGUGAAAAGAUGUUGUGGUCAGUUUGUGGCUCAGUGCAAGAACUUCUGAGUCCACAUAAAGACAGAAAUCCUCAUAUUUCUAAAAUACACAGUCAUUGCAAUAAUUUACUUGCAGCUGCUGUCAUUUUAACUACACCACUGGAGAAUCUGUAUAAGACGUUUCAAAAUAACAGCAGUGAUACCUUGCCCUCAGGGUUUGUAGAGCCUACUGUUUACCAACCAUUGUACUGGAUAUCGGGCAUAACUCAAUUUUGCUCUUCUUUGUUGACGACUCCAUCAGCUAAAGGAAUGGCAGCUCAGGGUCAACUGAAACUGCUCUUAUCCCAACCAUAUUGUAAUUGGAACCUGCUUUUGGAAACAUUGCUACAUCGUGAUUGUCUCUUGCUGAAAAUUUUACUGAGAAGUUCCAAAUCUGAUUUGCCUGAAAGUGGAGAGCAAAGUCCUUGCAUAAACCAAACAUGUAGCAGAAAACCUAGCUUAACAGAAGCAAUCUUUACAGUUCUAUCCUAUUGUACCUUAUCUCCAAAAUCACUUGGUAAUGUUCUUCAGAACUACAUGGAAAAAGAACAGAUGUGGGAUUAUUUACACAAUAUAUCAGUUUCUAGUUGUGGUGAAUCAGAGCCAGAAGUUAUCAGAUGCUUGAAACGGACUUUGAUUGAUUCUGUAAAGGGCAUAGUGAAGCAGAUUAUUUCUUUGAUGCAUUCAUGGGAAGCAACAGAGAACUAUGGGACUUAUCAGCACAAGCAAAUUGUUCCUGAAAGCUUGCUGAAAACUGUUCCAAAGGAAUGGAAUUAUACACCUAGAGAAAUGAAGAGAAAAGAAUCUGGGAAAUGUUUCACAAGGCUUGCUGCCCAUGCAAUAUCUAUUGUAAUCAGCAAGUUGCCUACAGUGAUUGCAUGUUUACCUCCCCCAAUUAAGUAUUUCUUUUUUCUGUCUGAGAAAAAAAUGCCCAAAAAUUUUAUUGAAUCCAAAAAGGCUGGUCUUCUUGUCUGGAUCUUGAUUGUAAUCAUCUGCCGGAUAUUUGAGGAUGGAAAUACCACAGAGCAUUUAACGGGAACAACACUUGACAGAUGGAGCAAAGAGAAGCUCAACUUAGUUCGUAUAUGUUUGGAAAGUAUUAUAGGAAAAAAGAAAAGUAGCCCUAAACAAGUGACACACAAGAUUAUACAGAGUAUUGAACAGCAAAGACCAAAUUGGAUCGAAAACCAGUUACUAAAGGCACGAAAACUGAGCAUAGACUGUAUUGUUACUACUGCAGAAGAUGAUAGAAACCUAGAGGAGGAAGCUAUUGAGCUUGAAUUGACUGAGCAGAAAAUAAACAUGAUGGUCCUGGAUAUCUGCCACAAACCAGGUGGCAGUGAAUACCUGAGGCAAAUUUAUCACAUCAUCCAGCUCAAUGAGGAAUAUUUGAAUGAACAGUUGUUUAAUGAGGGAUCUUCUGAAGAUGGCACAGCAAGCAUUAGACCUUUAAACCUGACAUUAAGAAGCAAAGAAGUACAGUCUGGUUUUGACCCUUUCCAAGUGCACUACUCGUAUUGCACUAAUGUAUUAGAAAAGUUCACCAUUGCUGAGUGGAAAUGGGAUUGGUCACAUUUGCUGCCAAGUUAUCUGGGACUAAGUAGGAUGACCUUUGGAGCACUACUGGCACACAGGUGGGAGAUGAAAGAGAGAGAAGAUCUCGAAGAGGAGGAAAAAGUGAUGCUGGAACACUUAAAAACACUUUAUCUCACGCCGACUUCUCUUGCCUCAGAAGAUAAAGCAGAACAGGGAACUUGACAAGGAUCGUAAUUUAUGAAACAUUCUGAAAAUCAAGAAAGCAAAGUGACCUGUAGUACUUUGAGAACUGUUGGUGUUCCAAAGGAAACCCAUUGUUAUUUGAAGCAUUGUUUUAGUUGUGAUAUUUUCUAAAGUAGGGCUGGGCACUGUAUUUUGUAUCUUAACUUAUUUUGUACAGUUAUUUUUUUCUUGUAAGCCAUUUUAGCAAUUCUUAAAAUUCUUUAUAUUACAGUGAAGUAAAUGUUAAAAAUAAAACUGUUAGUAUGCCAGCAAAUGCAUAAUUACCUUGAAAGACACUAAGAAAUUUUGCUAUAUCAAUUCCUACACACACAAAUCUAAUAAAAAUGCCAAAUGUCUCUGCACAGACAUGGUAUAACACUAGGAAGUACUCUUUCCCACUUCGAUCAAAUGAAUGUACAAUCAUUCAAAGCCAUAUUAAGAGUGCCUCUCAAAUUUAAUCCAUGUUUUGUUGUUGUAAACAGUUUGGCACCUGAGCAGAUCCCAGUUCUACACACGCAUUUAUGGUAGCAAAUGUUAUUGAUCUUAUUCCUGAAUUGACACAUAUAACAUUAUAUUGCUAGAGCAUCUUGUCUAUUGAUGUUUCAGAAUGCAAACAUUUAGCAAUCAAAGCUUAUUUUUCCAAGUUUAUUUUUAGCACUUGCCCUGAGGAAAUGAAAGCUGCUUUUUUGUAACACUGCUAUUACACCUGGAUCUCCAGAGCAAUCCAGAAAGGUGGGGUUUUAGUUUGUUUCAUUUUCCUUGAUUGAAUGCAAUUAUUCUAACUUAUUCUCUAGAAAUCCUGACACGCUGAUCUACAUUUAGGAGUAAUGGGAGUUUAUAACAUUCCGGCAUCUUAAGGAGCAAAACUAGUGACCUGUAUGUAUAUUUAUUCUUUUAUGUUUACAUUCAUAUUCUGUCUACAGAGAGAAGUAGCCAAAGAAUAACAUUAAAAGUAUAAAAUAUCACAA